AUGGAGUCACAAGAUUCUUCAAAGCCCGUUGGAACUGGGCACAGUGAUCUUGUGCCUGGUACAGCUCCUCUCCGCCAGCCAUCCGAAGAAGAUCCACAGAUCGCACCCUCUUCAUCUAUUGGAGAGCAACACCCCAGGCCAGUCGGCUGGUCCCUCCAAGACGAAGAUUACGAGAGUUGGGAAGAUGAAGAAUCGGAUGAGUCGAUCGAGUCCACCGCAGAUGGCACUGACCAGGAGAUUCUAGACGACAAAGACGCCGAUAUUGGUGAUCAACUGCGUGCGCUGCAGCACUGUGUUGAGUCCAACUACAAGGAAUUUCUCUUUGCUUGUGGAGGUACAGUACCAAUCAGUCCCAAGCACCAGGAACAUCCAGGUCCUAUGAGCAAGGAGAUAGCUUCACGCCCCGAGUCUGCCUCCAGCAAAAGUUCCAUCUCAACUUCUGGAGCUCAACCCCCAGUCACUCUUCGAUGGGACCCGAAGGACGAAUCGACUCCUGCAAGCCAGUCAAAGCUUAUCUUUCCCGCCGAAGACACCACUGCAGGCAAUCUCAAAUACUUGCUAGCCGAAAUGAAACCUGCAACCUUUGGUCGUGGUGGUGAAGACGUGUAUGAUGAGAGUUACCGCAAGGCAUCGAAACUGGAGCCUCAGGAUUUCUCCACAAACUUUUGCCCGUAUAGCACUGGUAUAAUUGGAGAGAUAUCCCGACUUCUUCUUCCUGAUCCGGGACGAGCGGAUCAGAGAACCAUCAAGGCUGAGCUAUACAAGCUUAAUGUUUAUACCGGACCCUCAGGGCACUUCCGUUCCCAUGUCGAUACCCCUCGAUCUCGCUCUCAGUUCGGGUCUCUUGUCGUUUGUCUGCCAGUCAAGCAUGAAGGUGGCGCUCUCGAGGUUCGGCAUAGUGGUGAAGUGAUGAAGUUUGAUUGGGCAUCUCCUUCUGAACAACCAGAACUUCAAUGGGCAGCAUUUUAUAGUGACUGCGAGCACGAAGUAUUCCCUGUUCAGUCUGGGCACCGUAUCACUCUCACAUACAAUCUUUACGCUACCUUCAACAGUGUCCAGCGUCUAGGGAGCUUCAAUUCUGUCAACAAUACCCAAACUCCCCUUGACAGAGAGAUUGAAGCCCUGGUCGAAGAUCCCACGUUUCUAACAGAUGGAGGCUAUGUUGGUUUUCAUACUACUCACACGUACCCCCACAAUGAUUCAGAGGGUUGCCUGGAAGAGACCUUAAAAGGUCUUGAUAUGGUCAUUUGGAGGGGUUUCCAGCGCCUUGGCUGCGGGGUAUGCUUGCGGCCGGUCCUGGAACCUGACCUCGACAUCGAUGGGGAACUGCGCUUCGAGCUUGGCCGCACAUUCGAGCUUAGAGCUAUCUACGGCGAAGUUGAGUCCACAUAUGAGUGGGAUUCACUCGUUCGGCACGACUGGGGUCUUGAACAUCUGUCGGUUGAGGACAUUAUCUGGCUCAAUAAACCCACUCUAGAGACCAAAAAAGCCGCGUUUGCCUAUGCUGUAUAUGGCAACCAAGCCACUGGUUGCCUUGCCUACACGGUCUGCUCUAUCAUCGUUUCUGUCCCUAAGAUUGUUGAAGGUAAACGGGCGAGUCUAGAGACAACGUUUGAUGUUGAUGCUGUUGUUGAAGAGGAUGAUUGGGAAAAUCGCUCCCCAUGGGACUAG